AAAAGAGGUUGAAGAUUUUAAGUACUCUAAAAGACAGGAAUAUAGGUUAUACAGGUUGGCUUUGAAAGCACUUUCUGGUGAUCAAGCUGAAACAAGUCUUCUCAAUUUUGAAAUAAGCAAAUGGAUAAAUAAUAUUAAAAACCAUUUCAAGAUCAAGCAAAUUAAUAGUGAUCUUUAUUUGGAAGUUGCUUUGUUAUUAGAUGAGAAAUCCUCCGAAAUUGUAAAAAAUUUCUGGUUAUUAAUUGAUAAGGAAUGCUUUAAACAUGAAAUUGAGAAUAUACAGUUGGACUAUACCAAACAAGGUGAUGAAAGUAAUAGGAAAAAAAAGAAAAAGUCUGUAAGUGGAAAAGAAAGAGUACAUUACCCAGACACAAGUCAUACUAUACCACUAUCACAACAAUCAGAAUUCAUUAACAGCGGUUAUACUACACUAUCAUCACAUAGCCUAGCAUUAAACUGUUCACUGGUAGAGCCUCUAAUGCUAGUCGAUCGUAUCAACAAUCUAUUUAUAGGGAAAGAUGAGGUAGAUGACAUCUUGGUAAUAGAUGAUGUUGAUGAUCUGUGCUUUAUAGGCAGAGACCUAGCUGAUGAUUAUAAGAUAGAAGAAAUCAAUGUAUCUCAUUUGUUCCAAAAGUAUCAGAAUAAUUCUAUAAAUAUUUCAAAAGCAGAAGAUAUGAUUCACCAACGAAUUAUUCUGACACAGCAAACUGCAUUGGAUGCAGAGUGUGAAGCAAAGUUCAGGAACACAAUAAAGACAUUACCUUUUACAAAAAUCAAAAAUGAUCUUAGUGAAAUGACAUUGGUAACAAACUACUUAGAUCGUAUAAUGAGGAGGAUGUUGCAUGAUCCAAACAGGCACAUUAUCAAAUGGUCCAAUAUGGGUUUUAAUAAAAGCAAGGCAAGAAAGUUAGAAGGAAGAGCUAAACAACCAGACUUCGUAGUAUCUGUGAUUCAUCAAUUACAGAUAUGCGGUGUCAUAUUUGUUGGCGAAAUAAGCCCACUUUCGGAAAAGAACAAUAUAUACAAAAAUUGUAAGGAUCUAAUUCGCAUUGGCAUUUUCAUGAAAGAUUGUUUAGAUAUAGGCAUAGGAAAGGGUGCGGACUUGAAGGUCUUAGGUUUUCAAUAUAUCAGUAGGAAUACAAGAUGGAUUUCUAUGUGA